UUAUUUAAGCCACCAUCAAAGGUAUAUGCUCUCAACGUUAUCUUCUUAAUUAAUUUGUCCUCCCAAGACCAUAACAUGAGGUGUUUCACUAUUAUCUUGUUUUUUUCAUCUAUAGUAGCCGUGGGAUUGGCCUCUGAUGUUGAAGAUCAAGGUAUAAUUAGCCAAGUAGUAGAAAUUCACCGUCUAAGGCCACGAACUGGUUCUGCUGGUUAUGCAGUCCCACAAUUGGACUGUCUUAGCUGGCGCCUCGCUGUGGAAACCAACAACGUCAGAGACUGGAAAUUGGUACCUAACGAGUGUUCAAACUAUGUAGGUCAUUACAUGCUUGGCAAACAAUAUCGACGUGACUGUGAGGCCGUUGCUGAUGCGGCAAUUGAGUAUGCCAAAGGCCUCAAGCUUAGCGGAGAUGGAAAGGACGUUUGGGUGUUUGAUGUUGAUGAGACUACUCUCUCAAAUCUUCCUUACUACGCUAGAUCGGACGUGGCCUUUGGGGCAAAAGCGUUCAACAGUACGAGGUUUAAUGCGUGGGUGAUGGAGGGAACAGCACCAGCGAUUCCAGCAACACUUCGUUUAUAUAAGACGGUGUUGUCUCUUGGGAUCAAACCGGUUAUCCUAACAGGAACUCCAGAGUUUACAAGAGAAGGAAGGGUUACGAAUCUAAAGAAAGCGGGUUACACUUCUUGGUUAAAGCUCAUACUAAAGGGAGAAAAUGAUUCACCAAAAUCAGUGGUGUAUAAAUCGAACAAGAGAACAGAGCUGGUGAUUGCUGGAUAUAGAAUUGUUGGCAACACUGGAGACCAAUGGAGUGAUUUGAUCGGAAAAAACGCUGGAGCUCGUACUUUCAAAGUCCCUGACCCUAUGUACUACAUUGGUUGAUUUGCUUAUAAAAUUUUCUCAAGGGUGAAUCAAUAAAAUUAUAUUUUUAUUUA